GUCGAUCCAAGUCUUAGGGUGUUGUGCGAGGUACACCUCACUCUAGGAAGUUGAUGUUGAAGAGUGUUGAGUGUAGAUGGCUGUUAAGAGGAUCGUCUCUAAAGGUCUUCUCAACCAGUACAUCGCUGCUAUUUCAGCAUGCAUGAGCGUGGUGGCCUCAGGUUCAUGCUACGGCUGGAUCACCCCCAUCUUGACAGACUUGCUCAGUCCUGGCAGCGAGAUAGACAUCACUCCCACUCAGAUGUCCUGGGUGGUCUCCAUCAUAGAACUAGGCAACUUCCUCAGUCCCCUGCCAGCGGGCAUUGUCAGUGAUAAAAUCGGCCGCAAGCCUGUCAUCCUCGCCACAGGACCUGUGUAUAUCCUGGGCUGGAUCAUCAUCCUCUACUUCCCCACACCUCUCAUGCUGGGCAUCGCUAGAACCAUUCACGGACUGGGAAUGGGCUUAGCGUUCACAGCAGCUCCUAUCUACCUCGGCGAGAUAGCCGGAGACAAGACCCGUGGAGUUAUAACGAGUUUGUUCUUCAACUCCUGGUGGGUUGGAUUUUUGAUCUCUUACUCCGUUGGACCCUUCAUCAGCUACAGAGCGUUCACGUGGUUCACACUAGCCGUCAACAUUCCGUUCAUCGUCAUCUUCGCCUUCCAGCCAGAGACUCCGUAUUACUACAUGAUGAAGGGGAAUGUAGAAAAGGCGAUGAGUACUUUGAUGUGGUUCAGAGACAAAUCGGAAGACGAAAUAGAUAAGGAGAUGGCUCAGAUGAAAAUUAGCGUGGAAGAAAAUCAGAAGAAAGCCAGUGUUAAGGACAUAGUGGCGACUCCUAUUGAUCGAAAAGCGUUCUGCAUGCUGCUUGUGUUGACGUGUGUGAGAAUCACAAGUGGGACAGGAGCAGUCCUGGUUUAUGCUACUCAGAUAUUUGACAUGGUUCCGCACCUGACGAUUUCAUCAGAUGUGAUCACCAUCGUGUUUGGGGUAGUGAUGCUGAUUGGAGGUAUAGUCGGGUCCGUCACAACAGACACUUUGGGGAGAAGACCUUUAUUGUUAAUCUCCUGCAUCGGUUCUUUGAUCUGCCAAGCGUUUACUGGUACUUACUUCUUCUUGUUGUUUAAAACUUCAGUUGUUGUCUCGAACUUCAGCUGGAUUGCUCCCGUCAGUAUCCUCAUCUAUUCGGGUCUCUGUACAGCUGGUAUGUACCCUGUCUGUUCAGCCUACACAUCGGAACUUUUCAGUUCUAACAUGCGAGGUUUAGCCUCCAGCUUUGGAUCUGUCAAUGUAACGUUCUUCUCUUGGGUUAGUUUAGCCUUGUAUUUACCGUUUACACAAUACAUAGGUCUGUAUGCUAACUUUUACUUCUACUCUAUCGUAUUGCUUUUUGGCUCUGUCUAUUUCUAUUUAUUUGCCCCCGAAACGAAAGGAAAAUCUUUUGUUCAAAUUAGAAGAGAGAUGAGCCAGAAAAGUUUGUCACAUCUGGACGAUGGUGUUUAAGUAGGCCUUAUUUCACAUUGACGAACUAAUUCUAAUGUUUGCUAAAACAUCCUUCAAUAAAUGUGUAAAAUAAAGGACGUGAUGACAUAGACUAAAUGUCAAUAAUGUGGUAGUAUUAUGACCCUUUGAACACUAUAAUUUGCAAUUCAUUCUUUAUAAUUCAGUAUUUUUAUGUUUGGUUCUAAACUGUUUCAAAACUGUAAAUAGGUAUUACAUAAAAUGAUUAUUGUUUGUAAAAAUGUACUUUAGUGUUAUUUUUGUAUUGAAAUAUACGAACUUGUUUUUA